AUGUCCCUGUUGACCAGCUCUGCUGAUCUGCGUCCGGAGGCCUCACGUCCCUCUGCCCUCCCCGGCUCCAAUAAUGACCUUCUCCUUCCCAUCACGAGCCCUGGUGAUGACGAACGAGAGCCAUUCCUUGACGGCCUCCACCCGAGGCAGCCGGGUAUCGUCGCAGUAGUAAUCGAACAUCUAACCGACAGAUGGCGGCAGACGCGGCAAUUUGUGACAUCGGAGGAAGGGAUCGGGGUCCUCAAAUGUGGUCUGGCAUACCUCCUCGGGUCCCUGGCCACGUUCAUCCCCGCGGUUGCGGCAUUGCUAGGUCCUCAGGAAGGAAAGCAUAUCGUCGCCACCAUCACGGUGUACUUCCACCCCGCGCGGUCGAAAGGCAGCAUGUAUAAAGCCCUGAUAUGCGCCGCACUCGCAUUUAUCUAUGCCGCAUUCAUCUCGCUCACAAGCAUGUACGUCACCAUAUACUUUAACCAACGGCGCAUGAUCGAACUGGGCCAUGUCCUGGUUUUGAUCAUUUUUGUCGGCCUUGGGUUCGGCUUUCUAGCGUGGACAAAGCAAAGGAUGAGCGACCCGCUAGUCAACGUGGCCUGCUCGCUCGCAUCGCUGGCACUGAUUGUAGUUCUCACCAAAGAAGGAGCCAUCCAGCGGGGUAGUGUGUCGCUCGCAAAGGUGUCGCAGGUCCUGAAGAUGCUCCUCAUGGGGAUUGGUGCGACGAUGACGGUAUCGUUUCUGGUCUUCCCGGUCUCUGCACAGAAGAAACUCCGGUCGAAUCUGGCCGUGGCCACUAGGUCAAUGGCGAUCAUGCAAUCUACCAUCACCGAGGGAUUCCUCCGCAGGACAGCACACGAGUUCCAAGGAUUCGAUUAUACCGGUGCGGCUACGCGUCUGAAGAAGGCCCAUGGGGAGCUAGACAAGCUGCUAUAUGAGACAAAGUUGGAGCAGUACGUAGCAGGCUGGGAGAGAGUACACGAUCAUGAGGCAAAGCUGGUUCACUGGGCACAUGGCAUCGUGCAUACUACGGGCGCUCUGCACAGCUCGGCACUUUUAGCUUUGGAGACGCUUAAGCGACCGAAGUUCGAAGACCAUCCUCUUGAUGGUCGAACUGCGAAUGCGUCCGCGGCUACGUGCAACGACCAGGAAAGCACGAUAUCCGCCGCCGAUGCUGCCACACUACAGCCGGUGGACCUGGUGAUGUUGGAAACGAAUGCGCCAGGCAACGGUCAACCAGUCUCAGGACAACUAGAUCGAAUUAUCAACCAGCGAGUCUUGGAUAGCUUCUUAGUGACGGAACUUUUCGAUUCUUUUGUUGACCGACUGGGUCCGUCUGUGCGAUCGCUAACUCUUACUUUAACGAAUAUAUGCGCGGAAAUCCCAUUGGGACUAUCGCUUGACGACAGGGUUGCUCUGAGCCCCAACUCCGCUGCCAUCCUAAGCCAAGCGAUUGACGAGUACCGCGCGGCCCAGAGGGAUGCAUUUGGCUUGCUGUACCGAGAGAAACAGGACAUGCCGAAUGGCACAUUCGAGAAGGAAGCAUGCUUCAAAGAGGUGGCCGCUAUCUGCGCGCAUUUCAGCUACUCGCUACUGAAAUUCGGGGAACAAUUGGGAGAGGUGUUGACGAUUCUCACGGACUUGGAAGUUGCCACCGCUGGGUACCACAGAAAGAAAUCGUGGAGUUGGAUCAAGUUCUGGCGACGAGGUGUAUCUAGAAGUCGAAAUAUGGAGCAUCCGAAUGCUGGUCCCAGACUUUCCCUGGCCGAAGUCGCUCCGGUCGAUCACACGGAGUUACACGGAGCAUCCAGCCUCGACAGACCAUCCCGGUUACAUUCAGUUGGAGAUACAAUUAGCCGUCAUGUCUGGAAAGCAUUGCGCUUCUUCCGACAAGACGAAACUAUAUUCGCUUUCAAGGUCGGUAUUGGCGCGGCACUCUUUGCCUUGCCUUCAUUCCUCUCUUUCACACGGCCCAUCUAUCUUUACUGGAAGGGGGAAUGGGGCUUGGUGUCGUACAUGUUAGUUUGUUCGAUGACAAUCGGGGCGUCAAACACCACUGGAUAUGCUAGAUUUUUGGGAACGUGCAUUGGAGCACUCUGUUCCAUUCUCGUCUGGUCGAUUGCGGGCAGCAAUGCCUUUGGACUGGCACUUUUGGGGUUCAUCAUGGCCACAUGUACCUUCUACAUCAGUCUGCUCAAAGGCCAGGGCCCGUUGGGUCGAUUUAUAAUGCUGACCUAUAACCUUUCCGUGCUCUAUUCGUUCUCGUUAUCCCAAAGCAGCGCCGACGAGGAUCCCGAUGAGAGAAGUGGUAACAAUCCGGAUAUCACUAAAAUCACCCUUCACCGAGUCGCAGCAGUCCUCUCCGGCUGUAUCUGGGGUAUUAUUGUCACUCGAGGUGUUUGGCCGAUUAGUGCUCGGAAGAAGCUCAGGACCACCUUGAAGCUGAUUUGGCUCCGAUUAGGUCGCAUCUGGGAAUCAGACCCCCUGACUAGAAGAACCACGAAUCCGGCGGUUGCUGCUUUCUAUAUGACGCCCGAGGACCGACUCAAAAUGCAGGAUAUGCUGGCGGAUUUAGAGACUCUUCGCGUUGCAGCCCGGUACGAGAUCGAACUGAACUCCCCCUUCCCCGACACCGCAUAUGGCAAGAUGAUCCAGCACACUCAAUCCAUCGUGGACGAUCUCCAUGCCUUGGAUUUGCAACUGCAAGGUAUCCCUCCUACAGAGACACAACUGUCUUUGCUACGGUACACGUCGAGAGAGAGACAGACUCUGUCAGGGCAGAUCGGUCAGCUUCUGGGAGUCAUCGCUUCGUCAAUCACGCAUGCAUGCCGACCGAACCAUAUCGACCUUUCCAAGGCAAAGCAUUCACGUGACCGGCUUCUGGCCACGAUUUUCCUCUAUCGCACUGGGGACGAAACGUCUUCAUCGGCGCUUGCAGAGACAUACAGCCUAUUGUAUGCCUAUGUUCUUGUUAUCGAUCAGAUCAUUAGCAGGAUGACGGAGAUUCUGACCGAUGUCAGCCGCAUGUCGAGUGUCAUCGAGGAAGGUGUAGUAGAUUAG